CUCUGCUCCCUUUUAUCACUCGCCAAGAUGAGCUACGGAUCUGACUUCAAUUCCGCCUCUUCCUACAGAAAGAUUUUCGGGGAGUCUCCCCGUUACUCCAGCUCUCCAUCCCGGAUGAGCAAUGCCUCCUCACGCAGCGGCGGUUACCGGUCCCACUCUCAGUCCCGGAGCAUCGGCUCUAACCUGGGCUCCUCUUUCCACCAGAAGAGGUCCUCUGGCCGGUCCUACUCGCAGAUGCCCAUGCCGAUGGAGAACUUGGAUUUCGCCCAGAGCACGGUGCUCAACAACGAGUUCAAAAUCAUCCGCACCAACGAGAAGGAGCAGAUGAUGGGGCUCAAUGACCGCUUUGCCAUGUUCAUCGACAAGGUGCGCAACUUGGAACAGCAGAACAAGGUGCUCGAGACCGAGCUGGUGACCCUGCGUCAGAGGCAGACCGAGCCCUCGCGCCUGGCCGACCUGUACCAGCAGGAGAUCCGCGAGCUGCGCUCCCAGCUCGACGAGGUGAACGGCGAGAAGUCCCAGAUCCUCAUCGAGCGUGACAACAUCGAGGAGGACCUGCAGAAGCUCCGCGGCAAAUACGAGGACGAGUACCGCAUGCGCGAGGAAGCCGAGCAGACCCUCAAGGCGUUCAAGAAGGACGUGGAUGACGCCACCAUGGUGCGUCUGGACCUGGAGAAGAAGGUAGAAUCCCUCCUCGACGAGAUCAACUUCAUGAGGAAGGUGCACGAGGAGGAGGUGACCGAGCUCAUGAAUAUGAUCCAAGCCGCCCAGGUGUCCGUGGAGAUGGAGGUCUCCAAACCUGACCUCACCUCUGCCCUGAAGGAGAUCCGAGGCCAGUACGAGUCCAUGGCCUCCAAGAACCUCCAGUCCGCCGAGGAGUGGUACAAGUCGAAGUUCGUCGACCUCAAUGAUCAGGCCACCCGUAGCCAGGAGGCGAUGCGCGCCAGCCGGGAGGAACUCAACGAGUUCAGGAGGCAGCUCCAGUCCAAGACCAUCGAGAUCGAGAGCCUGAGGGGAACCAACGAGUCCCUGGAAAGGCAGCUCCACGAGAUGGAGGAGAGGCACAACCAGGAGAUUGGCCAGUACCAGGACAACAUGGCGGAGCUGGACAAUGACCUGAGGACCACUAAGAGCGAGAUGGCUCGUCACCUGCGGGAGUACCAAGACCUGCUGAAUGUCAAGAUGGCGCUGGAUAUUGAAAUCGCUGCAUACAGGAAGCUGCUGGAAGGGGAGGAGACCCGCAUCAGCACAGGCAUCACCUACUCCAGCCCCAGCAUGAACAUGAGCUCCUCCGGCAUGAGGUCCUCCGAGAUGAGGUCCUUCGGCAUGAGGUCCUCCGAGAUGAGGUCCUCCAACAUGAGGUCCUCUGACAUGACCUCCUCCGGCGACGCCGACUUGCCCAGCAUGGGCAGCUACAACCAGACCAUCAGGCACACCACCAGCUCUGGAGGCUCCAAGAAGGACCAGGGCAAAGACCAGGAGGAUGGGCAGAGCAAGUCUGGCAAGGGGUCCAGCGACGGAGACCAGAAGGAGUCCAGCGACGCCAACCCCACCAACCAGAAAAACUAGACUCUCCCCUUCCCUUAGGUUUAACCUUACACCUUCCAUCCCCUCCCUCCUAUUCCCCAUCCCCCUCCCCCCUCCACAGGGGUAUUCUCAGAGAGGAAUCAGUUAUAGUUUAGACUCUACUACUACUACUGUGUAACCUACCACUAUCCAACAACCAACCACUGUACUUCUCGCCACUCUUCUCUCUCUAUUCUUCUCUCUCACUUUGACAAUAACAAAGUAGUUACAGACACACUUCUGGCACUAUCAGGAGACACAUACGUUAUUGUGGUGAUAGGAACAUACAGUUCAGUACAAUACUCUAACAGUUUACUCUCACUUUGGCCUCGCGCUAUUGUAUGGCACUAGUCUGGUUUAACCAGACUGAAUGCUGCACACACUAGAAACAACAGUGAAACACAGCUAAAUCAGUUUGGACGCCAGGCUAGUAUGGCACUGAGCUGUGAUAGAUGUCAUUCAGUUCAAGAAAUAAUCAUGCACUACUGCCACCGGCUAUGAUAAUAUUCUCUAUACACAUUCCAUGGGGGGAGGGAUGUGUGUGUGCGAGUUUGUAUUUGUGCACGGAAACAAAAAUCCAAAACAUAUCAGCUUGUUAACUGUUGUUAAUAUAUCUACUACACCCACCUAAUACAAUAUGAAUGAAAGCACUUGUAUGGUACGGAGGUGAGAGCUAGAGAUCGAUUAAGUUGUUAAAGGAGCACACAGUUAUUCAAAAAUGUAUCUGUGAUCUUGCUGAGCCAUUUUUGCCUUAUUAAAUCUACAAUGCAGAUAAUA